UGUAAAUUGAACCAGCAUGAGCAACUGUUACGUCACACUGUCUGAUGUCCUUGCGGCCAGAGGUGGGCCCCUGGAGGAAGAAGAAAUUUGGGCAUUGCUGCAGCAAGUUACACUCCACAUUAUGGAGGACCUACAAAGAGAUUUCUGUGUACCUAACUAUAUUAUAUGCCCAUGGUCAGUACUCCUUUCUACAAAAGGAAAACUAUCUUUUCAGGGAGACUUAGCCCACCAAGAAUUUUUCUCCUUUCAAGCACCUGAAAAGUUACAGAGGCAAAUCUUUACUCGGACUACAGAAUUAGAGAAGAUGUUUGUGUACUCUUUGGGAAUGACACUUUACUGGACAGCCGACUAUCAAGUUCCUCAAAAUCAGCCAAUCCAGUUAAGCGAUCAACUUAAUAGUUUGCUAUUGGCUAUGUGUGAUGACAUUGCCAAAAGAAGACCUUCUCUUGGACAAGUUCUGAAUAUCUGUGAAACCCACCAAGGACAUUCUAGCUUGCCUGCUGCAAACGUGUAUGUCAGAGCAAUGGUGAAACAAACACUUGGAAAUGUAAACAAGGUGGGACAGAUAUCCUUUGAAGACAGCACUUCCUUUCAUCUUCAGAGAAGCAGAAUAGUCAGGGAGAAGCUACAUCAGGAGCACUACAGAGACAUUUCCACUAUGACCUACAGAUGUGGAUAUAACAAAGGUGAAGGAAGUUCACAUCUGGAAGCAAAAUGGGAUGACGAUACCAGGAGUUCAGUGGGCAACAGCUGCCAGGUUUUGAGAAUCAGGAAUGCAAGUGGGAUGUUAAACAGCAGCAACAGUACACAGUGGUCAAGAAAAGGGUCAGAAACUUCAUCCCCACCUGUUACCCCUGAGUGUGACCGUGAAUCACCUGAAACAACACACUUGCUACAGUGCUCGCAGUAUACAGACAGAAGACAAAAGUAUGGUCCCGAGUUUAUUCGAGUUGCUGAAGAACCUGUGGUGACUCUGGAACUGCCCGAAUCCAUUGUGAGUAAGAAAGGAAAAUCACAUUCAUCCCUGAGAGAGCUCAUUGUGGUUAUGUUAAAUGGACAACGUCUUGAAGUGAAGUGUGAUAUGUCUUCCAAAGCAAGAGAUGUCUUUGACAUGGUUGUAGCUUAUGGAAACUUGGCGGAGCACUUUUACUUUGGCCUAGCCUUCCGGAAGGACAGAGAAUUUUUUUUCUUGGACCAUGACAUCAAGCUUUAUAAAGUUGCCCCUGAUGGCUGGAAAGUCAAACUGAAGAAAACACCACGCAUUGCUACACUCACACUCUUUCUAAGAGUAAAGUUUUUUGUUGAUACCAUCAGUCAUAUUCAACACACUUUGACUCGGCACCAGUUUUAUUUACAGCUGCGAAGGGAUAUUCUUGAAGAGAAGCUUUAUUGUAAUGAUGAGACAGCUCUCCAUUUGGGUUCUCUAGCACUGCAGGCUGAGCUUGGAGACUACUUAUCUGAGGUACAUGGCAAAGAUUAUAUUCAAAUGGAGCAUUAUAUUCCUGGAAGUGUUACGGAAAAGAUGUCUUUAACCUGUCUAAAGGAAGAAUUGCCUAGACUGCAUAGAAAUAAUGCAGGUUUGUCACAGGAAGAGGCAGAGUUUCAGUAUUUAAAGCUUACACAACAGCUUCCAGAGUAUGGGGUGCUGUUCUAUCGAGUAUUGCAAGAAAAAAAAGUAUCCAAAAAUGAAUUACUAUUGGGCAUCUGUGCGAAAGGAAUCAUUGUAUAUGAAGUGACAAAUGGCUCCAGGAUUGCACGUCAGCGCUUCCAGUGGAAGGAAAUGAACAGACUUUCAUCAGAUAAAAGGAAAUUCUGUAUCAUCAGUAAAUUAGGUACAAAGCAUACAUUCAGUGCUGAAAGUACGAAGCUGUGUCAAUACCUGCUGGAUCUCUGUUCUGCUCAGCAUAAGUUCUACACAGAAAUGAACUCGCGGCAGCUCAAAUAUGCAUCUAGAACAGAUGAAGAUGAGUGGUCGACAAUAGGAAGAAGAUAUACAUUUCCUAAUCCUCAUUUUAAUGUGAUGAAGAGGCUAUCUCAGUCAGCGGCUGUACUGCACUGUGCCAGUACUGAAGGUUUACACGCUCCAUUGACAAGCAAGUCAUGUGACGACUUCAUUAUGGAUGUCGAAGCUAUGAUCAGGAGUGGAAGCAAUAUGUCCAGCACGUCUCUUGGAAGACUUCAGUCUGAUGUGAACAUCACAAUGAAUGAAAAACGGAAGAGUCUGGAUUACCUUUCAGUCCAUUCAGCAAAGAGCACAGCAAGCAGUAUUUCAGCGUCAUCUAAUGUGCAAAGGCCAAAAGCUACGAGUAUGCCUGAGAGAGAAAUUCACUGUCUGUCCCUGAGAAGAGAUCCAAAACAUGGAUUAGGUUUUACAGUCAUUGGUGGAGAGAACACAGGAAAGUUAGAUCUUGGGAUUUUUAUUGCAUCUAUCAUCCCAGGGGGCCCGGCAGAUAGAGAUGGUCGCAUUAAACCAGGUGCACGACUGAUCUCAUUGAAUAAAACCAGCCUAGAAGGAGUGACCUUUGAAUGUGCAGCCCAUAUAUUACAAAGUGCACCAGAAGAAGUGGAGCUAAUCAUUUCACAGCCAAAAAGUGAAGACAGAGUGCAAGAAAGAAGACAAUCUCCAAGUAAGAGCAGCAUCAGUAGCUUUGACCAUACAGAAAUUAUGAUGCAGAAGCCAGAGAUCAGUGGCAUUUAUGAAUCCCAGAUGAACGUGGAUGAAUUAGAAAUGGUUUUGUCUGAGAGACUAGUACCAGGAUUGGGAAAUAAAAUGCCUGUCCUAUCAGCAAAUGCAAAUGACACCCAGGAUGGAAGAAAUCCCAUGGAGUUCAAACAAUCUUGUUUGAAACCAGGACAAAAAUAUUGUUUGGAGCUGGUGAAAGUUGAUGGAAGCCUUGGAAUCUGUGUAACUGGAGGUGUGAACACCAGUGUUCGUGAUGGUGCAAUAUAUGUGAAGACUGUGGUUCCUGGCGGAGCAGCUGACCAUGAUGGGAGAGUUACAAAAGGUGAUCGUCUGCUUGAAGUUGAUGGUAUAAGUCUGCGAGGUAUCACACACAAACAAGCAAUGGAGUGCCUUAAGAAUACAGGACAGGUUGUAAAACUGGUCUUGGAAAGAGGGCAACAAAAUGAACCAGAAGGAUGUAACCCUCAUUCAGAGAAUGAACCUUCACCUUGUAUCCACAGACAGGAGUCUCAGACAACUGUUUCCUUUGCAGAAUCUCUACCCAUCACAGGAGGACAGCACAGCUUUGUGACAGAAGAAAACACGUUUGAUGUAAUAUUAAGAAAGAAUGCCGGUGGCCUGGGCUUUAGCUUUUUACAGCUCGAAGAAAGUUCAUCUGAAUGCCAUGAAAAGGGGAUUGUAAGAAUAAAGAGAAUGUUCCCCGGCCAACCAGCUGCUGAGAGUGGAAAAAUUGAAGUUGGUGAUGUUAUCCUUUCAGUGAAUGGAAUACCUGUGAAAGAACUGUCUUAUAAGGAUGUUCUUCAUUUACUGCAUGGACCACCUUCGAAAGUCGCAUUAAAGCUUUGCAGACCAAAGCCUGGAGUUCUUCCUGAAAUAGACUUUAGUAUUCUGACUCCUGCACCUUCCCCAAUAAAGGACAUGUCAUUGACAGCUUCCCCUGCACCCAGUCUGUUUAGAUAUGAAGAUGAUCUGUAUGCCACACAAAAGCAGGAAGAAAUGGAUGAACACAGUUCAGACAGAUCUAGUGAACCCUGUCACAUAGCUGAUUGCUCAGAUGUGAGCAGUAGCAGUGAUGAGGAAAGAGAUGGAUAUGUUCCAAGCCAUGCUGUCCAAGAACCUAGUGAUUUGUUUAAGCAUAUUCAAAGUUUUCUAGAAGAUGAAAGUACAUCUGAAACUUACACAACUCUGGGUGAAGAUGUCAGAAAGAACUGCCAGUCAAUCUGUGAUAUAUCAACACAUCAAAGUGCCACAGGGGAUGAGUAUGAUAUACCAGAAACUGCAUACUAUACAUCUGAGCUGUCUCUGUCUGUACCAUUGGAUGAAGAGUAUCUCACUAUAAGCUCUACCUCAGUAACCUCGCCCACAUGCAGUGAAAGCUCAAGGCCAGCAUCACUAAACAUUGUGACACCGCAACCGCGGAAUCAAGUGCCAUCACCAGCACCACAAAUCCUUACCGAACUUGUCAACAGUGAUAAUGAGUGGGAAGAGAUCGAGGAUGAAGAGGUUGAUGAAGGGAAGGAAGUGGAAGAAGGGAGCUCUGCUAUUGAUCUAAAUGCAGUGGUGAAUGAUCAAGCUGAAGAAAUGUGCAUUCAGUGGACUCCAGAACAGAUUCCUGAUAUCAACUUGGUGAAAGGCUCCAAUGGACAACUAGGCUUAAAGCUAACUGGAGGAGCUGGAAGCAGGUGGCAAGAUAUUUAUGUUCUGGAGAUUGUAGAAGGUUCACCUGCUGGUCGAGAAGGUAGCCUGCGACCAGGUGACAAGAUCAUUUACAUCUGUGGUGUGUGUAGUAUGGGAAUGACUCUAACUGAAGCCGUGAAAGCUUGUGAAUCCGCUGGUCCAGAAGUACAGAUUAAAGCAAUAAGAAAUGGAAAGCCUGUGAUGCCCAAAGUUCAUUCAGAUGAGAUCGUGAAUCCAGAAGACAGAUGUAACUCAUCACCUUCUUUGGAGAAACAGACAUACCAGAGACAGGAGUUGGCCAAUGAAGAAAUGCCACAUUCAAAAGAAGAGAUUUCUGUGUCAACAAAUGGUUCAUCUAUUUCUGUAAAAUAUGAGAGCUGCCUACUACUAAUAGAUCUGGAGAAACCACUGUCUGGAGGCCUAGGCUUUGCACUGGUUGGUGGCAACAAUGGAUCUGAACUUACCGUGAAAGCCAUCAGCCCUGGUAGUAUUGCUGACCUGGAUGGCAGACUUCAGAUUGGAGACAUUUUAUUGGAAGUAAAUGGUGGUGAUGUAUCUGGCCUGUCUCACAAUAAAGUUGCUGAAUUGUUACGUCAGGCUGAAGGAACUGUUCAGCUGACAGUCUGCAGAAACAUGCCACUGCCCCCCAAAUGUUCAGAAAUUCAGCCAGCAAACAAUUCUUGCACAUUGUCUGGAAAUUCUAAAAAUGGCAGUCUUCAUGGUGCUGGUGAUGCUGAAAGAGAUGUAUAUCAGUCAUGUCCAGAGGCAAAGAGUGAAGAUAAUGGUUUAAUUAAUGCAACUGUAUGCUCUGAGGAUUUGGUUUCUGGGAAGAUGCCCCCUGCACAAGAAAGCAGUUUGAUUUCGGCUGACCUAUAUGAUCCUGGAAUGGAGACGGCAAGUGAACCAUUGCAGAUAACAGAGCAGCUUUAUGAAGAUGGAGACAUUAUUGCAGAGUGUGGCAAUGAUAAGAAAAGAGGAGACAUAAAAAAGUGUAACAGCUGGACUAGUGAAGAUGAGGAUAGUGGAUCUGGUUUUCCCAGCAUUUCAACACUGGCUACAGAGAAAAUAAUGAUCUCAGAAGAAGAGAUACUGAACUUGAACCUGAUGGCAUCUUAUAAGACAAGGAACUACUCAGGGUCCAGCUUGGAUGCUAUAAUUGUGUCUCUUCAGGAACAAUAUAAUCUGCAAGAGCCACUGAAGGAAUUUAUGGCACUGGAACAUAUAACGCCACUUGAUGCCUGCUUAAUAGGAAAGACUCCAGAGAACCGUGAGAAGAACAGAUACAGAGAAAUCCUUCCAUAUGAUGAAACACGAGUUCCUAUUGGGGAAGGAAAGGAUUACAUCAAUGCAAGUUACAUCACAAUGCCUGUCGGCUUUGAGGACUAUCACUACAUUUCUACACAAGGACCUUUGCCUGGUACAAUCAAUGACUUCUGGGAAAUGGUGUGGGAAAAUAAUGUUAGUGUUAUUGCAAUGAUGACACAAGAAGUGGAACAUGGAAAAAUUAAAUGCCAUCGUUACUGGCCAGACAACAUUGAGAAGACAAUGGACACUAACAAAUACAUUCUGAUACUUGAAAAUUACCAGGCUCUGGAUUUUCUUACAAUCAGUGCCAUUAAAAUUUUUCAGAAGGAGACUGAAGAAGUUCACUAUGUUAAACAACUGCAGUUCACAACGUGGCCUGACCAUGGUACUCCAACUUCAUCAGAGCAUCUUGUGCAGUUUGUUCACUUCAUGAGGAAAUUUCAUCAGUCAGGGCCUGUGGUUGUCCACUGCAGUGCAGGAGUUGGAAGAACAGGUGUUCUUAUCUGUGCUGAUGUAUUGCUAAAGAUAAUUGAAAAUGAUAUAAGUUUCAACAUUAUGGAAAUAGUAAAGAGUAUGAGGCAUCAGCGUUAUGGCAUGGUACAAACAAAGGAACAGUACAAAUACUGCUACAAAUUUGCACUCGAAGUUCUGCAUAUUCUACAGUCUCUUGAAAAGAAGAGUGCAGAUGAUUUAUAAUUUUACAUAUUGUACAGAACAUUUGUGCAGUCUGCCUCAGAUUUAGGACUGCUUCACAAAAAGAUAAUUCAAAGAGCAUUUAUUUACAUGGUUGCAGUUUCAUUUCCAAGAAUUUUCUUACCGCUUAUGAAAAAUGCGAAGGUCUGACCUCUGAAACUUUUUUUUAUUAUCUGGAGUUGACAUGACUUACUUCAUAAAUUGAUAAGCAGUGUCACCAGUGAAUGGGGUGUGUAAAACACAGACUUACCAAUGAAUGUCACAUCACCACUAUGCACAACUGCCUAUACUGCAUCAUUUCCAUGACCAUUUUAAUGUCAUAAAGGGAGUAUUGGAACAGCGUGUAACUGGUAAAAAUUCUGGCUACUGAUAAGUUAAUGUAUUAUUGAACAAUAUAUUAAGCAGUGAUAUUUGGAAAUCAAAUAUGGAUACCAGAGUUGAAAAUACAGCUUUGAAAACACAAAUGGAAAAGUUUCACUGUAGCCUUUUUAAGAAGGCUGUUGUAAUUUUUGGAUGCUAGAAUUUUUUUACCACUGCAUGGUGAAAUAAGCUAAGCAGGCAUAUUAUCCAUUUGUAUUUUAUCCAGUUUUAAAAACUGAACAGAAUCCUUUGACAUUGCUUGCUCCAUUUAACUAUCAUGUAUCGUUAAGAUAUUAAUGCAUAAUUGUGCUUUGUGUUCCAGUUUUGAUUUUAUUUAUUUUAUUUAUUGACAUUUAAUUACUGGGGAAUUCUGACUGGUUAGUAGACCAUUUUCAGCACUAGCCAUGAGAGAAAAACUCUAAAGUAUUAUAAAAAUAUUUUAAGAGCAAUAUUUUUUUAAUUUUAAAACUAAUUAAAAACAACUACUGUUUAGAUAAUUAUACUGAAUUUAAUAUGAAAACAAUGGUUAAGAAUAGAUCGGUUAUAUGACAAAUGAUUCAAUAAUUAGAGAAAUUAUAGCCAGUUUAUUGAGAAAUUAAAGGUAAGUUAGUAUAAUAUCUAAUAUUGAUGUUAUUUUUUUAUAUUCAUUUUUAUUGGUGUUGGGUUUAAGAAUGCCUACUCCCAGUGCAUCACACAUAGCCUACCCAUGACAAAUUUUUGCUGAGAAGAUAGUUAAGAUAUUAAAAUAGUUAAGAUAUAAAAUAUCAAAAAAAAAAAAAACUGCCACCAUGGCAGAACAGGAUAAAGCAUUAGUAGAUUUUAAGGGGUGUAACUGACAGAAAGCAAUAAUAUAUAAAAUAUGAACUCAGUAUAAUUUUUGUUGAUAAAUUAUUUUUGUCAUUACUGAUAAAGAUUUUUGACAUAGGAGAAGAUAUGAAAAUGCAUUUUUUUCAAGAAUUUUUUCAGAGUAAUUUACUGUACUCCAACAAAUUUCCAUGAAGUAUUGCCAGAGGAAGAAAAUUCCCCUAGCCUUCUUUAAACUUAUCAUAUAGUGAUAUGCUAUUACAGCUGCACAUAUGAGUGCAUGAUAGUCAUAGUACUACAUCUAUUUAGUAUAUAUGGUAUUUGUGAAGGCAUGGGUAAUAUCUGUGUAACUGUCCUCAGUUCUUCCACCCCCUCCCCCAUAUUCUAUUUUAUAUUUUAUUGUAUUUUGGAUAUUUAUUUCUGUGUUUUUAGUUCAUGUCCCAUCCUGAUGUCUGUAUUACCAGGGGUCAUGCCCCCAGCAAUUUAUAUUACAAUUUGACUUGGUUUAUAUUUCACUCCUUUUAAGGAAAGAUAGAUGUUAUUAUCUUCUGAUUAAACAUUAAAGCAUUUAUGUACACUAA